UAGACGCUGUUACUUGCUUCCUUCAGCUUGUUGCAGGACGCUUACAGUAUUCAUUGCGUCCCUCCUCCACUUAAAAUCAUUUUCUUUAUUGUGUAAGAACAUGGCCAGAGGACAAGCUCCUCCUGGGGACAGCGGGUGUUCAGUUUGUUUGGGAUGUUUAAACAACCCUGUGGUGUUAAGAUGUAAUCACAGGCUGUGCUGGAGCUGUGUACAAAGUUACUGGGAGAGGACACGCGCGCUGAAAUGUCCUGUCUGUUUAGAAGAGACGUUGUGUAGGGUGACUUUGCAAAAUGUCAGGGCUGAGAUGUCAGGAUCAAAGAGUGGAAAUGUUUUUAUGGAGAAAACAGGAGAUAAAACGUUUCCUUGGCAGGAACAACCAAAGAUACGUCUUCAAAAUUCAGUAAACCUGGUGACUUCUGAGGGCCGUCAAAAGCACAGAACUGCAAAAGAGAAGAGGCCGAACAAUCACCCAGCAAAGCUAAAAACGUCAGGUUAUUUUACCAUUCAGGAACCUGGCACACGAGUGUCAAAUAAGCCAUCCAGAAGAUCCAGAUUAAAGAAUGAAGAACAGAAUACCGAAGUUAAGAAGAAAAAGCUUUCUUCUCAAUCCAGAUCGACUUCAAGAAAGUAUCCUGACGACGUCCCGACCCCACACGUAGAUUCAGCGGAUCUUGAGACCCACACUCCUUCAAAUGCCCCAUCAUCUUUCCUGGUCUUGAGAUCCAAUCUGUGUUCUGAAUGUGGCAAAAAUUUUAAAAGCAAAUCAGCCCUGAAAACCCAUCAGAAAUCCCAUUAUGUGCAGCGGCCAUACGAGUGCUCCACCUGUGGAAAGCAAUAUAGCCGCAAGGGUGAACUUCGUUUACAUCAGCGGCUACAUACAAAUGAGGGGUUACACCAUUGUGCCUACUGCGACAAGAAGUUCACAACAAAGAAAAAUUUGAUAUCCCAUGAAAGAAGCCACACCGGAGAGAAGCCUUUCUCCUGUUCUUUGUGUGGGACGAGCUUCAGUUAUAAAGCCUCACUAGUUAUGCAUAUAAAGCGACACAAGGGGAUCAAGCCUCACCAGUGCGACCAGUGUGGAAUGUCUUUCUGUAAUGCAGCGUCCUUGAGGUUACACAAGGCAAGGCACACAGGAGAAAAGCCCUUUGCUUGUCAUCAGUGCGAUAAGAGAUUUUUUCAGAAAUCUGAACUGGAAAACCAUGUGCGUGUGCAUUCAGGAGAAACUCCAUAUAGUUGCUCAGUGUGCGGGAAGGCUUUCAGGUCGAGCCAGGUCCUUAACACCCACAAAAUAAUUCAUCAGGAAGAACGUCCGUUUAAGUGCCCAGACUGUGGCAUGAGUUUUAAACGAUUCCACCACCUACAGGCCCACGGGUUGACCCACUCGGGUGACUUGCCAUUCAAAUGCAGUCAUUGCGGCAAAGCUGUUAGGACUCGGCAUUCUCUUAAGCUUCAUGUACGCAUUCAUACAGGAGAAAGGCCGUACAGCUGUGACCACUGUGAAAAGCGUUUUAUCUCAUCGGGCGACCUAAGCGUCCAUCGACGAGUCCACUCGGAAGAACGAAACUACAAGUGCUCCAAGUGUAAGGAGAGUUUUCGACAUUUGUCUUCCUUGAGGCUCCACCACCAGCGAAGACAUACUCAGGAGAAGCCAUACCAUUGCCGGGAGUGUGGUAAAAGCUUUUCUGAUUCCUCCUCUCUCAGACUUCAUGAAGGAAUACACAAAAACGAGCGACGCUACCGGUGCACAGUGUGCGGCCAGGGAUUUAAUGCCCCUGCAACUUUGAGGUCCCACCAAAUGACCCAUUUAACCAAAACAGAGUACCCUUGCGAGGAUUGCGGCAAGAUUUUCACCCGCAAAGAUACCUUAAGAAUUCACAAACAGCUCCAUACAGGGGUCAAAGUCAACAACUGCUCGGAGUGUGGAAAAAGCUACAGCUCCUACAGCUGUUUACUUGUACACAUGCAGAGCCACAAAGAAACAAGAAAGUAUUACUGCGGCGAGUGUGAGAAGUGUUUCAAGAGUGCGGCAUACCUGAGGAAGCACCAGAAAGUCAUGCAUGCUGGAGAGAGUCCAUAUGUCUGUGCAAAAUAAAAGGCUGUUGCUAGCUGAGAUACUUGAGAGGUCCUCACAGAAAAGGAUGAAAGUAUUCCCUGAAUAAUGAUCAUGUAGAAUGAAAAUUUUUUCCAGUAUUUGCCCUGCUCAUCAGUUUGCUGGA